UACUAAUUACUAUAUGGUUUUUGAAUGGGCAUAAACCACUUCAUUUAGCGACUUGAAUAUAUUCUCGUUGGUGAGCUGGCCACGUUUUUUGGCACUGCCCACUAAGCCAUUGGUUUCAGGCCCAGCCAGGAUUCAGUGGUAUUGGAUUCAGUCCAUUGCAAUCAGUGUUAACUACAGCUCAGUGCUAUAUUUAUACCAUUUGGAUGUGGGGGAGCUGCCGAGAGGAUGGCAUCCGGUCGCAGUCGAUUGAGCAAUGCCUGGAUGGUGUCCUUUCGCACAACAUCCCCAUGCCAGGCCGCAUCUUCCGCUGGCUGCGGAUGGGGCUGCGUCUGCUCCACCUCAUUAUGAAAGCCACCGUGUGAUUGACACAUGCCCAGGAGGCGGUUGGGAGGAGAAGGAUGGGCCUGGCGCUGGAGUCAGAAAUCACAAGCAAAUAGAAUCGUAUACUUUCUCAUUCGAUUUGAUUCGCCUCCGUCUGUCACUUUGUGUGCCGCUUUUGUGUGGCGAAAACAAAUGCGACCAGAAGCGCAAAGUAGUCCUGCGUGAGUAGUCCUGGCCAAAAGAUGGCUAUAAGGAUGCUUACUUUGCUGGGGGUGGGUAGGGGGGUGGGCCAAGUCGCCUGGCAAUUCGAUUAGGCCCGUCGUCCGCCGUGGAGCGCAGACAAAUGAUUACAUUUACAACCUUGACGCUGCAGCAGGAGAUUCUAUUACGGGGCAAAACGGCAUGGCCAUGGGAAUGGGUGUAGGAUUCGGAUUGGGAUUGGGAUUCGGAUUCGAUGUGGGAAGGCGAUAGACGGAACGGGAUAUGAUUCGAUUCGAUUGCUAUCACAAAGGGCGACAAAUAGCAGGCGCACACACAAACACAAACACACAUCUAUCACUGCACAGUCACGUGUGCGUACAUAUGUAUGUAUGUGAGUGAACUCCAGUUCCUGCUCCUGUUUCUGGUCCUCCACCCGAUCCGCCAAAUGGAAUGAUUGAUGGGUGGCUGGCUUUGAGCAUGGCGGGCUGCAUAUCCGCCAAGUAGCGUUAAAUCUGCUCCUUAAAGACCUCUAAUAUACAUUUAUUGUACUCGCUUGUCUUAAGUAAUGAUUAAAGAGGCAUUAAACUUACAUAUGAAUCAUAUUAUGUUAACACCAAGUUUUGAAUUUGUUUACAUUCCUGUUUCGCUUGGCGUUGCCAGACUGCGUUGCAGCUUUAUUUAGAGCCAGCACAAAUAGGGUAUUCCAGUAACAGUACUCAAUCGUUGACUUUUCAAUAUUAAAGCGAAUAAAAAAUAUAGUCACUAACUUAAUUAAAUACAAGUGGGUGCGCAUUAAGUUUUUUCUUAGCAUAGAAACAGUUUAAACUAUUCAACGAUUCUUGUCUUAAAUAAUUUAUGUCAUUUUAGCUUGGACUAAUAUCAAGUUUAUAAAAAGUAAGCAGUGAUUCUACCAUAACUGCAAAUCUACCACUGCUAUAUGUUAAAUUCCGAUAAACUUAAGCUUCGAGUUGGCAGGACUACCCACGCGUCGGGCAGUCUGGCAACGCUGCCAAUCACAGCACAUGCUGGCAGCACGUUUUUGCAAGUUUAAAAUACUUAAUAGAGUAAUACAGGGCUAACGAAACCAGUUUAAGGUAACAUUGGUCGCAAGUGUGUCCCCUCCUCGUUUUGAUCCUGGCAUCUAUGACUUUGGGAUUUUCACCUUUCUUUCCUUCUGCAACUUCCUGUCAGACGUGUGCGUAUGCUGCGAGGACUUUCCAAAAGUUACUUAAAGAAUAUAAGUUCCUAGAAUUUUACUAAACUUAAAGAAUAAACUUAAAGCGAUCGCAAAAAUGUCGAAGAAUUCGGAGCUCCAAGUGCCAAAGCACAUCCAUUCCCUGAAACAACCAACAAACCAUUCAAAAACUCUUGCAAAAAACCUUCCACUGCGACAGCCUACGGAGAUUCCCAAAAUGGCGCCACAUGCCACACUGCAGAAUGUGACAAUUCUAAAACCGAGUGAGCAUUCGAAAAGCCAUUUCUCGCUUUCGAAGUAUCCGCAGAAUCAGCCGCAUAGCAACAGUCUCUACAAGUACAGUGUGACCCGUGGCAGCAGCGCUGAGUUCAAGGAGAACGGCAGCAGCCGUUCCCUGCUGAAACAUCCGCGGAAUCAGUCGCAUAAAGGUGUCCACAAGUCUCAGUGUCCACAGGACAGGAAUGGGCAGCAGGCGCCGAGCCCAAAGAAUUUCACUCAGAGUCAAAAGCCUGAGGCUGCAGGUGCUCCAGCUGCCAGGCAGAAACACAACGCAUAUCUUGACAAUUGGCGUUCCAAUUGGAAUCACACCAUGGCCUACGCCAAGAAGGUUGUGCUCCCGGAAAACCCCAAGCUCAUGGACCUUAGCAUUAGCCAAGGGAAUGUAAGAAAUGAGGUAUCCCAUCCGCUGUCGAUGCCCUCGACUUGUCAGCCGCCGAUGGGUAGUCAAUAUACCCACGAACAAUCCGUUCCUCUUGAUCUUUCGUGUGAGAAAAGGGGUCCACCCAGUGAUACCGUGUCCAAAACCGACUGCCCCAGCAGGGAUGAUGACAAGGAGACAGCGAAACAUGCAAACAAGAGCCACCCGCUGAGCUCAGAUCAUCAGUAUGCCAUGGUGAAACAAAGUCCGGAUAGAAACAUUUGCGACAUGGAUAGCUUUAACGAUAUGGUUGCGAGCGAGGUUGAACUGAGGGAGUCUCCUUCGGGCAUAUUCCAUUCUUCAGCCGAGGAAAACGGAGCAAUUUGCAGGCAGCUGACGGGCACCGAUGUGCCGGCUCAUGUGGAAGUCCCGAGAGCAGACGGGUGCUACGUCCUGGCCACUGAGAAUGGGCAGCCGGAAACUCCAGUACCUUCUGCAGAAUUCACAGAUGGACUGAAAUAUCAGGAGCUCAUGUCCCAAGACAUGGAUGCGGAAGCCAUCACCUUCGACGAAAAUUCAAACGAGCAGUCAAAAGCUUGGCACCAUCCUCCAGAGUCCAUGGCCUGGCACAUGGAUGCUAGCAGUGCUGGACAGAGAAAUCGGGAAGAAUUCAAAACCGUAGAACACUUCGACAUUAAGGUGGAGCCGGAACUUCCUGAGCAGAUCAUGGCCUGUGCCAGUACUGCCGGACAGAAUAAUCAGGAGGCAGCGUACUGUGAAAAUACUUCCAAGAAUCCGGAUCCGGAAAUCUCCACCUACGAUGAAAACAUCGACGUACUGGAUCAGCUGCAAGCCACUAUUCCGCCUCCGGAAUACAUUGUCAGCCAGCAAGAUCAGGAAGCCAUGCUCUAUGGUGAUAUGGACUCGGAUGAUGAUAUGAAUCCCGAGGCAUAUAACAGUAUCUUCGACUGUCUGGGACUGGAGACGCAGCAGAUGCCAGAGAAGCAGCCAGGCACGGAUGACUCCCAAUUGCUGACGUCCUCGUCAGAGGAUGAGGAAUAUAUUGAUGUGGUAGCCUGUAAUGCGACACAUCCCGUGCUGGACAGCGAGCCGAUGAUCGAGGAGGUGAUUGAGGUGGACCAAGUCGAGGAAGAGGUGGUGGAAGUCGAGGAGGAGGAAGUCGAGGAAGAGGUGGUGGAAGUCGAGGAGGAGGAAGUCGAGGAGGAGGAGGAGGAAGUCGAGGAGGAGAUGGAGGAAUACGAGGAGGAGAUGGAGGAAUACGAGGAGGAGAUAGAGGAAGUCGAGGAGGAGAUAGAGGAAGUCGAGGAGGAGGUGGACGAAUUCGAGGAGCUGGACGAGGAAAUUGGCGAGGAAGAGGAAUCCUAUGAUGAUGGUUCCGAUUGGACACAAGAAAUGGAGUCCGAGGACGACGAGUCCGACUAAAACCAUCGGCUAUGCGUCGAUUCAAUGCCUUCAGCAUCUAUGACUUUGAGUACAAUAGAAAUGGUACAUUUUGCGGGCUUACAGUGGAGCAUUGUUAACAAGUCCCAUUUAUGUAAUUCUAUAUGUAUUUUUUUUUUUUUUUUGAAGCACUUGAAUAAAUGUGAAUGUAUUUCAUAAUUGAGUGAAGUAUAAAUGAA